UCGCGUCGUCUUGCGUGUGUUUUCGUGGCUCUCACGCCGCGGCUGCGGCGUUGCGCAGCGCAGUGCUCACUGUCGGAGCUAAACUGCGUGCUUCUCGGUGUCUUGUUGUUUCAUCUUGAGUAAAAGAGAUUUAAGAGAAAACCAUAAAAUAUGGCGGAAUUUGUAGAGCUUCGUACGGAGGAGAUGCUCCCGGAGGUGGAGCAGAUGGAACGAAUGUUAAUGUUCGAGAAAGACGAGUUGCGAACAAUUGCUAAAAAACGGAAGGAGUUUGAGUACAAGAUUCAGAGACGUACCAAAAACAAAGAAGACUAUUUACGUUAUAUUCAGUAUGAAAUGGAUUUACUGAAGUUAAUCCGUUUGCGUAGGGAGAAAAUGGGGUACCAGCAGAAGAAGGCUAAUAUUGAUUUUACUAUUGGCAACAGAGUCAACAAACUUUUCAAACAGGCUAUUUUCCGUUUUCAAGAUGAUGUUCGCCUUUGGCUGUCCUACAUUAAAUUUUGUAAACAAGUGCGAUUUUACAGUUGUGUUAGCCGUAUGCUUGUUCGAAUGCUCCAAGUUCACAGUGAUAAACCUCAACUCUGGAAACUUGCUGCCAAAUGGGAGUUUGAAGAGAGUCUGUCAGUUGAGAAUGCACGCCAAUUCUUGCUCCGAGGGCUUCGUGCCCAUCCUGACUCUAGAUUGUUGUAUGCAGAAGCUUUCAGAAUGGAGCUGCACUAUGCAGCAAAAAAGCGUACAGAGCUGGAGGAAGCAAAGAAAAAGCAAGGUGAAGGGGAAAAUGUUGCUGGAACAAGUACAAAGGAUACCAGUGAAACCACUACAGAUGGUACCAAAAGUGGAAUUGCCAACCUAAAUGGGGAUGUAGUUCCAGAUCAGGUGGCUGAAGGAAAAUUAGCUGAACUUAUUUAUGAAUCGGCUAUGAAAAAAGUAGAUGGAGUUGAAUUCAUUAUUCAGCUGUUAGAUAUUGCUAAAGAGUUUGAUUUCACAAGUAAACUACAGAAGAAAAUUGUUGAGGAUCUGCUAAGUAAAUACCCAGAUAGCGAAUUGACUUGGGACACCAUGGCAAGGAGAGAACUGGAGGGAUCGCCCUAUGCUGACCCGAGCAAUACAAGCCAGUUGCCUUUAGAACCAUUAUUGGGUGUUUCUACAGACCAUUCAUCACUCCCAUUAAAUCCAGAAGCAUCAAUGUCAAUGGAUGUUGAUGAUGAAGGCACAGACAGCGAAAAGAAAGGAAAAGCAAACCUAACUCAGAGAUUAAGAUUAUGUUGUGAAGUUUAUGAGGCUGUUGUGAAGAAACUCAAUACAGAGAAAAUGUGGUCCCUGUAUCUGGACACAAUGCUGGAGGUGAGCCAGGAUGAAUCUCAUCUUCCAUGCUACAAAAAGAAGCUGCUGAAGCAUGCAUUACAAGGAGCUCACAAUGCUGGGAAGCUUCAAGAGAAAUAUUAUUUACACUGGAUUGAAAUGCUACAAGCUGCAGGUAAAACAAAGAAGGUUCGUGAUGUUUUAAAAUCAGCUACAGAACAUAUACCAUCGAGUGCAGAGUUGUGGCAGCUUAGACUUCGUUUCCUUCUUUCUCGAGAUGAGGAAAUGGCUGCAGAAGAUGUUUUCCAAUCAGCUUUAAAGCAACUUGGAAGUGACCCUGAAAGUGUUUUGCCCCUCUGGAAAAUUCAAUUGCAAUACUGUCAAACAAAGAGUCCUGCAAAGACAGAGGCACUCUAUGAGAGAGCUCUGGCUGCGCCCGCGAGUGUAGUGACUGCCCUACGCCCUAUGUACCUUGAGUGGCUUUGUCUUUCUCGGGGCAUCCGGGACGCUCGCGCUGCUUAUGACAAACUGUGCCUGCAGCCUCCUCUUAGCCUCGACUUGCACACUAAGAUGGCUGCUCUCGAAUCCAUGCAAACCACUGCAGUUAUGAAACAAGUUCGGAAAUGCCAUGAAAAUGCUUGUAACCAGUUUGGCAAGGAUAAUGCAGAUGUUUGGAUGGAUUAUGUGAAGUUUGAAAUGAAAAGAGGAGACCCAAAAAAUAUUAGCAAUAUUUACUUGAGAGCUGUUAGACAGCUAGAACCUAUCCAAGCUGAUAUUUUCAUUCAUGAAUUUUCCUUAGUAAAGACAUGUAUGGCUGUUCCUCCCUCAUCAGAGUCAUGACCCAUUUUUAUUACUUUCCUUGAAAUUUCUGUGACUGUUUGAUAUGAUAUUUGGCGAACAUAACUAACAUGACUGUCUGUACUACUGAUGUACGUUGCUGUAAAUAUGAUCAUUCUACUACACCUAGUAAGAUUUUCAAUCAGGGAAUUCGGAAUUAGUGUCCUUUCUCUGUUUGUGUAUUCAUUUCAAAUAACAUUGGUUGUCUGACUGUCUAAUUGUUUAAAUACCAUUAAUGAAUUCAAAAUGUAUUCUGUGGAAUUACGUAA